AUGAAAGCUCUCGUCUACAGAGGCCCUGACAGCGACGUAGCGCUGGAAGAGCGGCCGGUACCGGAGCUCCAGCUGCCGGGCGACGCCAUCGUGCAGCUCAAGUACACGACCAUCUGCGGCACAGACCUGCACAUCAUGAAGGGCGACGUGCCAUCGUGCGAGCCGGGGACGGUGCUGGGCCACGAGGGCGUGGGCGUCAUCUCCAAAGCGGGCUCGUCGGUCAGCAAGCUCAAGGAAGGCGACCUGGUGCUGAUUCCGGCCAUCACGACGUGCGGCACGUGCCACUACUGCCGCAAGGGGAUGCCGUCGCAGUGCGAGACGGGCGGCUGGGUACUGGGCAACACGAUCGACGGCACGCAGGCCGAGUUCGUCCGCAUCCCCAACGCCGAGACGUCGCUGUACAAGGUGCCGGAGAGCGUCGACCCCAAGACGGCCGUCAUGCUCAGCGACAUCCUGCCCACGGGCUUCGAGUGCGGCGUGCUCAACGCGAAGGUCGAGCCGGGCUGCUCGCUGCUCAUCAUCGGCGCCGGCCCCGUGGGGCUCGCGGCGCUGCUGACGGCGCAGCUCUACGCGCCGGGGCUCAUCAUCGUCGUCGACUUUGACGAGAACAGGCUCAAGCUGGCGCGCGAGCUGGGGGCGCACGCGACGGUCACGCCGCCGCAGGCGGAGGAGACGGUCAUGCGGCUGACCGAGGGCCGCGGCUGCGACGCGGUGCUCGAGGUCGUCGGCAUCCCGCAGACGUUCCAUCAGUGCCAGGAGCUCGUCGGCGCCGGCGGGACCAUCGCCAACGUCGGCGUGCACGGUACCAGCGUCGACCUGCACCUGGAGAAGCUGUGGAAUAAGAAUAUCUCGAUCACGACGAGACUGGUGGACACGGCGACGGUGCCGAUGCUGUUGAAGCUCGUGGCGGCCAAGAGGCUGCCGGCCGAAAGGCUCAUCACGCACAACUUUGCGUUCACCGACAUGAUGAACGCCUACACGACGUUCAAGGCGGCAUCAGCCAACCAGGCGCUGAAGGUCAUCAUUGAGUUCUAG